AUGGGCGACUUUAACAAUGUAUCUGCCAUGAUCAGGGCUCUGAAAGAAGGUGGCAAUUUGGCUGCAUUGACCGGCGGCGAUCCGCAUAAUCUUCAUUCGGGCCGAUUUGGUAAAUUCAAAGCUAAAGUGAAAAAUUAUGCUCAAAAAAUCAACGCAUCCAAUGAACGAUCAUUAUUCAUAUUUUCAAAAAAUAACUGGAUACGAAAACGAGCAAAUGAUGUUAUUGAAUGGAAUCCAUUUGAAUAUAUGGUGCUAUUAACAAUUAUCGCCAAUUGCAUUGUUUUGGCACUUGAAGAACAUUUACCUAACGAAGAUAAAACAACAUUAGCUAGAUCAUUAGAAAAAACUGAAAUCUACUUUAUUGGAAUAUUUUGUUUUGAAUCAGCUUUAAAAAUAAUCGCACUAGGAUUCUGUUUACAUCGUGGUUCAUAUCUUCGUAGUCCUUGGAAUGCCAUGGAUUUUGUUGUUGUCGUUACUGGUUUGGCAACAAUUAGUAUUAAAAAAAAUAGUUCAUUCAAUUUACGAACAUUACGUGCAGUACGUGUGCUUCGGCCACUUAAACUUGUCUCAGGCAUUCCAAGUCUUCAAGUGGUGCUUAAAUCUAUAUUAAAAGCAAUGGCUCCAUUGUUUCAAAUAGCUCUUCUAGUUCUUUUCGCUAUUAUAAUCUUUGCUAUUAUUGGCCUUGAGUUAUAUUCGGGCAUUUUUCAUCAUACGUGUUUUUAUGCAAAUCGAACAGUAAUCUAUAAGGGUGAAGAUGAUAUGGCGACAACUUGUGGUGUACCCGGAGAACCUAUUUGGGGUUGGCUAAAUAUAAAACAAGGUGUAUUCACAUGUAGUAAUAUCCUACAUGAAUCACUAACUUGUCGAGAAUAUUGGGAAGGUCCAAAUAAAGGCAUAACAAGUUUUGAUAAUAUUGGCUUUGCAAUGCUUACUGUCUUUCAAUGUAUAACAAUGGAAGGAUGGACACAAGUACUUUAUUGGACAAAUGAUGCAGUAGGAACUUUAUUUAAUUGGCUUUAUUUUGUACCAUUAAUUAUACUUGGUUCAUUUUUUAUGCUCAAUCUUGUUCUUGGUGUCUUAAGCGGAGAAUUUGCAAAAGAAAGAGAACGUGUAGAAAAUCGUCGUGCAUUCGUAAAAAUUCGUCGUCAACAACAAAUUGAAAGAGAAUAUAAUAAUUAUAUUGAAUGGAUUAAUCGAGCAGAGGAUGUCAUAUUAAAUGAAGAAAGAACAACAGAACAAGAACGACGUGCAAUUCAUGAAGCUCGAAAAUAUGCAGCAUUAAAAAAGGUUCGACAUGUUCGAACAGGAAAACAAGCGAGUCUUGAUGAUGAUGAAGAAGACAUUGACAAUGCAUUUAAUCGUGGUCGUGGUACCGGUGUGGAACGACCCAAUCGACCACGAACAUUAUCACAUCGAUGGCAUAUUCAACAACGUGUAAUUAAGAGUAAAAUUCGUAUUUUAGUUAAAACACAAGCUUUCUAUUGGACUGUUAUUGUACUUGUUUUUCUUAAUACUGCAUGUGUUGCUAUUGAACAUGAUAGACAACAACAAUUUCUUACUGAAUUUUUGUAUAUUGCUGAAUUUGUUUUUCUUGGUUUAUUCAUUUUUGAAAUGCUUUUUAAAAUGUAUGGUCUUGGUGUUAAUCAAUAUUUUGCAUCAUCAUUUAAUAUAUUUGAUUUUAUUGUCAUUGUUGGUUCGAUAUUUGAAGUUGUUUGGACACAUUUUAAUCCUGAAGAAUCAUUUGGUGUGUCUGUUUUGCGUUCCUUACGUUUACUAAGGAUUUUUAAAGUUACUCGGCAUUGGGCUUCUCUGCGUAAUUUAGUUGUAUCACUUUUGAGUAGUAUGCGAUCCAUUGUCAGUUUACUGUUUCUUCUCUUUUUAUUCAUAUUAAUAUUUGCGCUAUUGGGUAUGCAAUUAUUUGGUGGCGAAUUCAGUUUUGAAGAAGAGACACCAUUACAAAAUUUUAAUAAAUUUGCUACUGCACUUAUUACUGUCUUUCAAAUUUUAACUGGUGAAGAUUGGAAUGAAAUAAUGUAUAAUGGAAUUUUUUCUCAAGGUGGAGCCAAUGGUAAAGGAAUGGUUUAUUCACUUUAUUUUGUUAUCCUUGUUCUAUUUGGCAAUUAUACAUUACUGAACGUCUUUUUGGCUAUUGCUGUUGAUAAUUUAGCUAAUGCACAUGAACUUACAAAAGAUGAAGAAGAAGAACAAGCAGCAGAAGAAGAAAAACGUCAACGUGAAACAAAAGAUGUCGAAUCAAUGUUUAAAGUAAAUUCAACAGCAGAAUCAACGACAACAAAUACACCUAAUACAAAAAUGAAAAAACCAGAUCAAGUACCAUUAAUACAACGAAAUAAUCUUCAACAAACAGCAAAAAAAGAAUAUGUUGAUAAUGCAGUUAAAACAGCUUUUGAUAUUCCACCACAACAUCAUUCAUCAAAUUCUCGAUCGGAUGAUUAUUUAGAUAGACAAAUCUUUCAAAAAUCUGAUUUAGAUUAUAUUCCUGGACUUGAUUAUGAUCUCGGUCCAGUUAUUAUUCCAACAUCAUUAGAUCAAUUAACAGGAGCGAAUGAUCCUGCAGUUGCAAAAGCUCGUGCCGAAGAAGCAGCACGAAAAAGAGAAGCUGAAGCUGCUGCCGAAGCAGAAGCAAGGAAAAAUGCAGAAGCACGCGUUAUUAAACCAAUUCUCGAAGCCAGUUCAAUGUUUAUUUUUAGUAGUACUAACCCGAUCCGUCGAUUCUGUCAUUAUAUUGUUACUCUUCGUUAUUUUGAUUUACUUAUCAUGAUUGUCAUAUGUCUCAGUUCAUUGUCAUUGGCUGCUGAAGAUCCUGUACAUGAAAACUCAAUGCGUAAUAAAGUUCUCAAUUAUAUAGAUUAUGCAUUUACUGGUGUAUUUACUAUUGAAUUAUUACUUAAGAUUGUUGACUUAGGUAUUAUAUUUCACGAAGGCGCUUAUUGUCGUGAUAUAUGGAAUUUACUCGAUGCAAUUGUUGUUAUUUGUGCAUUAGUUGCUUUUGGUUUUACAGAAAAUGGAGCUGGAAAAAAUUUAAAUACAAUUAAAUCAUUACGUGUUCUUCGUGUUUUACGUCCAUUAAAAACAAUUAAUCGUGUACCAAAAUUAAAAGCUGUAUUUGAUUGUGUUAUUACUUCAUUAUCUAAUGUUUUAACUAUAUUAAUUGUUUAUAUGUUAUUUCAAUUUAUUUUUGCUGUUAUUGCUGUACAAUUAUUUAAGGGUAAAUUUUAUCGCUGUUCAGAUUUAUCAAAAUUAACACCUGACGAAUGCCGAGGGAAUUAUUUUGAUUUUGGUAAUGGUAAACAUAAACCAGCAGUUGAGAAAAGAAAAUGGGAAGCAUAUGAUUUUACAUAUGAUAGUGUUCCACGAGCUAUUCUAACACUAUUUACUGUUCAAACAGGAGAAGGAUGGCCAACUGUUUUACAACAUUCGAUUGAUGCCACUGGUAUCAAUCGUGGACCAACACCUGGCCAUCGAUUAGAAAUUGCAAUGUUUUAUGUAGUUUAUUUUAUCGUAUUUCCAUUUUUCUUCGUGAAUAUAUUCGUUGCUUUAAUUAUUAUAACAUUUCAAGAUCAAGGACAAAAAGAAUUAGAAGAAGCUGAAAUCAAUAAAAAUCAAAAAUCAUGUAUUGAUUUUGCGUUAAAUGCUAAACCUAUUCAAUGUUGUAAACCUAAACACGAAGGUUCAUUACGUUAUCGAAUUUGGCAAACAUGUACUUCAUCCUAUUUUGAAUUUUGUAUUAUGGUUCUGAUUGCACUGAAUACCUGUGUACUCAUGGCAAAAUAUUAUAGAAGUCCACAAGCUUAUAAUGAUAUGUUAACAUAUGCUAAUACAACGUUUACUGCUCUAUUUACUGUUGAAAGUAUUUUGAAAAUAAUUGCAUUUGGUUUGCGGAACUAUUUUAAAGAUAAAUGGAAUGCAUUCGAUUUUAUUACCGUACUUGGUAGUAUUGCUGAUGUACUUGUUACUGAAUUUCGAUUCAAACCACAAGCUAGUCAAAUAGCUGGUCCACAGAAACAUAAAAAUACAUUACUCAAUUUGGGUUUUCUUCGAUUAUUUCGUGCUGCUCGUUUAAUAAAACUUUUACGUCAAGGAUAUACAAUACGUAUUCUACUUUGGACAUUUGUACAAUCAUUUAAAGCAUUACCUUAUGUUUGUUUAUUAAUUGGAAUGCUCUUUUUUAUCUAUGCCAUUAUUGGCAUGCAGGUUUUUGGUAAUGUUCGUCAUGACUCGGGAAGAACCGAGAUUAGUCGACACAAUAAUUUCGCCAGUUUUUUUUCUGCUUUAAUGCUCUUGUUCAGAUGUGCAACAGGUGAAAGUUGGCAAGCUGUUAUGUUAGCAUGUAAAUCAGGUGCUGAAUGUCAACCAUCAUCACCUCAUCGAAUUUUGAAAAUUUCAAAGAAUUGUGGAUCAGAUAUUGCCUAUGCUUAUUUUUGUUCGUUUGUUUUUCUUUCAUCCUUUUUGAUGUUAAAUUUAUUCGUUGCUGUUAUUAUGGAUAAUUUUGAUUAUUUAACACGAGAUUCAUCUAUAUUGGGUGCACAUCAUCUCGAUGAAUUUUUACGAUCUUGGUCAGAAUAUGAUCCAGAUGGAACGGGAAAAUUGGAAUAUACAAAAAUGUUUGAAAUGCUGCGACUUAUGUCACCACCAGUUGGUUUUGGAACUAAAUGUCCAUCAAAAUUAGCAUACAAACGUUUAAUUCGUAUGAAUAUGCCAAUUGAUGAUAAACGUCAAGUACAUUUUACAACAACACUGUUUGCUCUUAUUCGUGAAUCUCUUGGUGUUAAAAUGCGAACUGCUGCUGAGGAAAUGGAUGAAGCAGAUAAUGAAUUACGUGAUGUUAUAUGUAAAUUAUGGCCUAAUCUAGCAAAAAAAUCUAUUAAAUUACAUGAAGGUGGAACAAAAACAUUACUUGAUCUCGUUGUUCCACCUAAACAUGAAUUACGUGGAACACCUGGUCAUCCGAAAUUAACUGUUGGAAAAGUUUAUGCUAUUUGUUUGUAUAUUGAUAAUUAUCGUGCAUAUAAACAGGGUCAUAGCAAUGAUACUGGUUUCAAUUUGAAUCUACUUGUAUGUGCACUAAAAGAACGUGUACAUUCAAAAGAAGGUAUUAAUGAACAUGAUCCUGAACGACGAUCAUCAUUUCGUCCUUCGGGAGGAAGUUUUCGACGACCUGGAUCAACUCGAUCAUCGAAUAUGGACAGUAUGUUUUCGAAGAAUAAACCUCCGACAGCUAGUCGACCAAGUCCUCCUUUUGCAAAUGGAAAUAUCAAUCAAUCAGCAAAUAAAACACCAAAUGUAACUAAUCUUGAUGAAACGAAACGAUCAAAUCAACAAUCUAGAGAGAGUUCUUUGACUCCAUCUCAAUAUGGUAAAACAUUGAACGUUCCAAAUAGUAAUGUUCUUCAAGCUCUACCAGCUGCUACACCACCAGCACCAAUUAUGUCACCUCGACCUGCAAUAAUGAAAACACCAAAAUCAGCGGCAUUAGCUGCGAAAAAUGCGUCAUUGGAUUUACCACCCGCAGAGACACGACCACUGUUACUUGUUACAGCAGGAAAUGAUCGACGACAACCGCAGACAGUCACAGUACCUAAUGAUCGUCGUUUACCAUUAAAUGGAAAAAUGGCAGCAGUUGCAACAAUAAAACAGCGUCAACAACCACCUCCACCCAUAAUUAACAAUAAUAAUAAUGAUCAUCAUCAUCAAACAAUCACUGAAACACUUACAAAGAAACAUGUUAAUAAUCGACCACGAACAGCACUUUUCUUUACAUCAACUCGAAAUUCGGAUCAAUCACCUUCACAUCAACCAUUAUUAGGUAAUAGAAACGACACAACUGGUCGACAUAAUUCAACUGAUUCACGUAAUUCAGAUGAUGACAUGAAUGAUAAUUGGUCUGUUGCUCCAAAAAUUCUACCACCGCCGCCGCCAUUACCAGCUCGAACAUUACCAGCUAUUCAAAAUCUCACACCUUUGAUAAAUACAGCUCAACCACGACCACAACCAGCGAAUAGUUCUCGUCAGUUGCCAUCGUUAUCAAUACGUCAGUUACCAAAAAUAAAUAAACCUGAUAUACCGGAAACAUAUUUUAAUUUACCGGAUGAAGAAGAAGACAAUGAAAUAUUAGCAGAGAAAUUUGACCGAUCGGGUGAAUUAUUUUAUUAUCAAACAUCAUCAUCAUCGAGUCCAAAUAAUUCAUCAAUAUCAGACAAUAAUGAAGAACAAUUUCAAAUUGAUCAACAAGAAGAAGAUGAUGACGAUGAUGAAGAUAAUACACAAAAACAAAGAUUACAAAGUGAUGAUGAGGAAGAGGAGGAAGAGGAAGAAGAAGAAGAGGAGGAGGAGGAGGAUGAUCAAACUUCUCCAUUUGAAUAUGAUGCAUAA